UUAGAACAGAGGUAUCGGUUAACAUGCCGAUCUGACCGGAUCCUAAAGCGGAGUAGAAAUUACCUUUAAAAACAGAUUUUAAAAAACUUACAUUAAUAACUGUGUUGUUAGUUUUAUAGUUAAACUGUGUGUAUACAAUAAUUUAAGUGUUAGAUCAUUGGUACAGGUAAUAUAGAUCGUUCAGGCAUUGUGGAGCUGAGUGAGGAAGCAGGAAGAUUAAACACACUGUAAAUAAAGAGAAAUAAAAGAUGACGGUUCAUAAUCUCUACGUAUUCGACCGGAACGGAACGUGUCUGCACUACAGCGAGUGGAACCGAAAGAAACAGGCCGGCAUCUCUAAAGACGAGGAGUUUAAGCUGAUGUAUGGAAUGCUCUUCUCCAUCCGUUCCUUCGUCAGUAAGAUGUCUCCGCUGGACAUGAAGGACGGUUUCACCUCCUUUCAGACCAGCAGAUACAAACUUCACUACUAUGAGACUCCUACAGGGAUUAAACUGGUGAUGAACACGGAUCUGGGGGUUCCUAACUGCAGAGACGUUCUCCACCAGAUAUACAGCACGGUGUACGUGGAGUGUAUAGUAAAGAACCCGCUGUGUGAAUUAGGAGACACCCUACAGAGUGAACUCUUCACCAGCCGACUCGACUCCUUCAUCAGAGCUCUACCCUUCUUCAACAUCCGUGCUGCUUAAACACCCUGUGUGUGUGUGUGUGUGUGUGUGUGUGUGUGUGUGUGUGUGUGUGUGUGUGUGUGUGUGUGUGUGUGUGUGUGUGUGUGUGUGUAAUAAAACUGCUGUGUGUUACUCUACAGUCAGUGGUGGAUGAAUGUAUUCUCCUCCCAGUAGCUGGAGAGCAGAACCGAGAGUGCAGCUAUCACACAUGUAGGGGAAGCACGUGUUGUACAGUAUGAACUGCAGCUUCAUAUCAAACUCGCAGCCGUCAGUCACGUGACCUGAAGCUUCAUCAUCCACCACUGACUGAUGAGGGUCGGUUCUGCUCCGUGUUGUUUUAAAUGUUUCCUGGUAGUGAAAAUAAAGAUUUUCAUUUUA